UUUAUUGCAGUUUUCGCAGCCUUCGUACCUCUUCUAAUGUGUUUAUAAUCAAUCUGUCGAUUGCUAACUUGAUGAUGUCCUUGAUUGACUUCCCGCUUCUCAUCACUGCCAGCUUCAUCCAAGAUUGGCCAUUUGGAAAAACCGUUUGCGAUGUGUAUGCAACACUAACAGGUCUUUGUGGCUUGGUGACCAUUAAUUCACUGACUGUAAUAGCAGUAGACCGAUACCGUGCCAUAGUAAUGAGAGUCAACUCGGCAGAUCCAGCACCAAAAUGGAAAACAUACAAAGCCACGUUAGUGAUCUGGACGUAUGCAUUUAUUUGGGCUAUUAGUCCUGUCCUAGGAUGGAAUCGAUAUCAGCUCGAGGGUGUUCGGACAACAUGCACUUUUGAUUAUCUCACAAGGGACAAGAGUACAAUUAGUUUCAUAGUGGCCAUAGCAACAUGCGAAUUUAUCAUCCCAGUUAUCGUCAUAAUUCUGGCUUAUUUUAAAAUUGUGACAGCCAUGAUAGUUCGUCGUCGAAAUCUUUCUAUGUCAAGCAACUCUGAAAAUGCUUCACUUAAUAUUCGAAUGCAACGUUACCGAGUGAGAGCGGAGAUUCGUACAGCAUUAAUUAUCAUGGGUUUAGUGUGUCUUUUCGUUGUAUCUUGGUUACCAUACACUGUGACUGCCAUGAUAGGACUGUUUGGAGACCAGAGCUUGAUAACUCCCUACCUGUCAUCUGUAGCUGGACUUGUAGCUAAAACAUCCACCGUUUUUAACCCCAUUGUGUAUGCCAUCAUUCACCCAAAAUUUAAAACAAAAAUUAAAAGCCUGAUAUAUCGACAAAGCUUUACUCAGACAGGAACACGAUCAAGAGUGAACAGCCGAAUUUCCUCGAAUAAAUAUUCAACGAGUGGAAAUUAUGACAGACAGUAAACUUUGUCUUACCUUAAAAAUUUAUAUGUACAACGAAGCAAUGUUGAUUUUUUACUAAUAUCAUCUUUUUAUUG